GAUUUAUAUUUAUUACGUCUCUACUUAUAGUAUGCCUACUUUAUUAUCCUGGCGAUUACUUUUUUAGCUUAUCAAAUAUAUCGAAAGCGAAUUAUAAACGUCAUCAAAUAUUAAAUGUCGUGUAACUAAUAAGUAUUAAAAUGUCCACAACAAUAUACAAAGUCGACGCUAGUCCCCCAGCCCGUGCUGUGUUGAUGGUUGCUGAUCUCCUCGGUAUCAAAUAUAAUGCAUGUGAUAUAAAUCCCCUGUUACGAGAACAAGACACUCCAGAUAUGACGAAGAAAAAUCCUAUGAGAACUGUUCCAUUCAUAGAAGAGGAUGGUUUCUGUUUAGGUGACAGUCACGCCAUUAUUUUAUAUUUAUUUGAUAAGUAUGGAAAGCCAGAACACUCGUAUCUUUAUCCAACUGAUAAACGGAAAAGAGCUACAAUAAAUCAGCGACUAUUCUUUGAUUGUGGAAUUUUAUUUCCGUAUCUAAGAUCUGUAAUGGCACCAACUUAUACAGGAAGACUGACAGAAUUAUCAAAGUCUAUAGUAAGGAAUAUAGAAGACGGGUAUAGGAUGCUGGAUGCAUAUUUAUCUGAUUCUAUGUACUUGGCAGAUGAUGUUAUGACAUUAGCUGAUUUGAGUGUGAUUACAACUAUGUCGACCUUGCAUGGUUUACUUCCCAUAGAUAGUACCAAAUAUCCAAAGUUGAUGAAUUGGUUUAUAAAUAUGUCAGAAAAAGAAAUUUGCAAAAAAAUUAAUCAACCUGGAGCAGACCAACAUGUUGCCGGACUUAAAGCAUUUAUGGAAAAUAAUAAAACUAAUCAGAAAUCAAAACUAUGAUAUUUAUAUUUUGGCAUAAUUAAUUGUGAAAUAAAGUUUGUUCUGAUAUUUGAGUAUUUUUGGAAAGUGGUAUAAAAUAUAAAACAACAUAUAUCGUUACGAA